CCCAUACAGAAACAAACCACAUCCUUACAAAAUCCAAUUUUCCACACUCUCUUAUUUCGCCACGUGUCACCGCGUUUUCUUUCUCUGGCUCUGUUCACCUCGACGGCGUUUACCAGUCGCUCUCUCCCCUCGCAAAGGAAACUUUUCUCUCUUGUCAACCAUUACGACCCUCAUGCUCUCGUCUUCUUCAGAUUUUCCCGGCAAAGUGACAGAAAAUAAGCUGCAGCUUUCUGUUUAUUAAGUUAAUUUGGUGUUCUAUUUCAUUUUGUCGGCGCGAAGUAGAUGGGUUUUGGUCUCUACUAUGCAUCACUUUCCUCGAUUUUUCACUCAUAACAAGGACAAGCAUCCUCCUCCUAUGGAUCCUAAAAGCCGUAGCAGGAGGCCAAGACCAAGACUAGAGCGUAAAAAUGCUGCUAAAGACAUAGACUACGACGCGUCGGCGUCUUGCUCUUCUCUGGACAACUCCUCCUCUUAUUGCUCUUUAGUUACUAGAUCUCUCGAUAUACCAGAUCGUACUAGUUUUCGCAUCGAAGGAACUGAUGGCGAGUUUGACCGCAUUUGUCGGAGCCUCGGUCUCACCGGUCCUGAAGAUUUUGCUAUUCCGGUCGCCGCUUGGGAAGCCAUGAAGGUCCGUUCGGCGUCGGAUCUUCUUCCUUGUACUAAAUUGUACUCUUCGGAUAGUCCGAGAUUAUCGGAAGUGAAACAGGAAGAGGAGAGUGAAUUGUGUGCUAGGGUUUUGGAUACUGUUAUCAUUAACGAUUCUAAUGAGUUGACUCGUAAUGAGCCAGCCACAGCUAAGUUGAAUACUACUAGUAAAAUUGUGGGGAUUAAAGGAGUUAGACCGCCCUUACUUAAACCGCCUCCGUCAAUUGUGUUACCGGCGAUAGAUAACGGCUGUUCAACCUGGGACUUAUUGAGAGAUUUUGCACCUGAAAACGACAGGUCAUCUAUGGCGAGGGUUAAUAAUGUAGAAGAUUCAGGCUCUGAUGGCGGCGGCGACGACGACGUGGAUACUGAUGUUAAUAAAGAGGAAGAAGAAGGGAAUCUGUUAACAAUAAGGGAAACAGCGGUGUUAUCGGAGUCAUAUUCGUUUACUACUUCUAAUGAUGAUGAUUCAUCCAGUACAACUACUGACCCUAUGUCUAAUAUUUCACCCAAUGCCAGAUUUAGAAGGAUUAUUAAUGAUUGGCAGAAAGGCGACUUGCUGGGGCGUGGCUCUUUUGGAACUGUGUAUGAAGGAAUUUCCGAUGAUGGAUUCUUUUUUGCCGUAAAAGAGGUAUCCUUGCUUGAUCAAGGAAGUCAAGGCAAACAAAGUAUUUAUCAACUUGAGCAGGAGAUUGCUCUUUUAAGUCAGUUCGAACACGAAAACAUAGUUCAGUAUUAUGGCACUGAUAAGGAUGAUUCAAAGCUGUACAUCUUUCUUCAGCUUGUAACUAAAGGUUCCCUGAUGAAUCUUUAUCAAAGAUAUCACCUUCGAGAUUCCCAAGUUUCUGCAUACACAAGGCAAAUUUUGCAUGGUUUGAAGUAUCUUCAUGAUAAAAAUGUACUUCACAGGGAUAUUAAAUGUGCAAAUAUACUAGUGGAUGCAAGUGGUUCGGUGAAACUUGCAGAUUUUGGAUUGGCCAAGGCAACCAAAUUGAAUGAUGUUAAAUCUUGCAAGGGAACUGCUUUUUGGAUGGCUCCAGAGGUUGUCAAUAGGAAAACCCACGGUUAUGGGCUUCCCGCUGAUAUAUGGAGCCUUGGAUGCACUGUUUUGGAGAUGUUAACCCGUCAGAUUCCGUAUUCCCAUUUGGAAUGUCAGAUGCAGGCAUUGUAUAGGAUAGGCAAAGGUGUGCCGCCUCCUGUUCCCGAUUCACUUUCCAAAGAUGCCAGAGAUUUCAUUCUCCAGUGCCUUCAAGUUAAUCCAAAUAAUCGCCCUACAGCUGCUCAGCUCUUAGAGCAUCAAUUUGUGAAGCGUCCACUCUCAACAUCCUCAGGUUCUGCAUCACCUUUUCAUGGUCGGCGGUUUUAGAAGCUUUUUGCUCAGCUAAGAUUCUAAAAGAUAACUAGCAAAUGAAUCAAUUAGGAGGUUGCUGUUGAAAUCCCAUGAGGCUUGCAAGACCGCCCCCCAUCAUGUUUUAUAAUCUCGAGUGGGAUGAACCGACUCGGCGACCAGCAAACUUUCGGUUGCAGCAACUCAAUCUCGAUGUACUUGGCAUAGCUUGGUGAAAUUUGAAGUAAUACGUUGGGUCUGGAAAUUCAAAUGAUGCGCAGGGUCUGGGUGCAGGAUCUGGCCUUUAGAUCUCUACCUUGAACGAGAAGAUAGCAAUAAUUCUGCAAUUCUUAUGCCCUGCUCUGAGAAUUUAGCAAAAUAGAUCCAUAUGUUCUGAGAUUUACAAUCUUGUUAGUGGAAAUAUAUUCUCCUGAUGCCAAGUUCAAUAUUGCUAGUUUUUGCCUCUAAUUGUAUUCUUUUUAGCUUCAUAAGAGCUAGGCUUUUAGAAUUAGAAAACAGAUGCCACUUGUAAAUAUCCCCAUUAUUGUAGCAAAAAAAAUUGAUUUGUAGAUUGUUAUUUUCCAAAUUGUAUGUACAAAAAAGUUAGAUUUUGCUA